AUGGCAAGACCAGCAGAUCUUCCUUUGAGAGACUCGGUAGUAGAGCUAUCAAGUGCUGAACCUACUACUAAGACGAAGUUACUGGAACAAUUACAGAUACUUCAACAACAGAAUAAUAUAUUAAUCAAACGAAAUCAUAUAUUUUCCAGUAAAAUCGCUCAUCUUGAGAAUAAGGUGAACUUAUUGAAUGAGGAAAUAUGCAAGAAAUCGAAAUCAAGCGAUGAUAAGGUAUUGAGAAUAGUUGAAAUGAUGGAGGAAUCGCUACUAAACAGUUUUAGCGCCUCCUUGACACAUUUCCAGCAAUUGAGAUGCAAGAACAAAUUUUCCCAAAAUGCUUUACUUGGGAAGCUUCAUGAUAUUAUUAGAGAGAGUUUGACUACUACACCAACUGAGAAUAGCCAUGGAUCAUCAGUAAUUACCCAAUCGCAAAACUUCAAACCACACGCUAUAAGGAAAAAUGGAUCUGAAAUACCCCAAUUUUUCAAGAAAUCUGGUGUAAACUAUUUAUCAGAAAAGUUUCUGACUAUUUUGGAACAUCUGCUGGAUUCUGAAGAGGAUAUGUUUGAUUUGAGGCAGAUUGGGCCCUUUGUCGUAGAUAGGGAAAACCCCGAUACUCCUCAUCACGAGCAAGUAGCUGAAACUCACGAGCAGCUAGAUGAAACUCAUGAGCAGCUAGAUGAAACUCAUGAGCAAGUAGCUGAAACUCACGAGCAGAUAGAUGAAACUCACGAGCAAGUAGCUGAUACUCACGAGCAGCUAGAUGAAACUCACGAGCAGCUAGAUGAAGAGUCAAAAUCGGAUGCAAAUCGUGAUAAUCUCUUGACAAUAGAAGCAAACAAUGAUUCAAAAGAAAAAAACACACCCACCACUAAAUGUGAUCAAGAAGAAUCAGCAGUUUCAAACCUACCCCAUUGUGACACCUCAAAGGUCAACAGUGCAGUCUCCAAUGUGUCAGAUAAUGACUCUGAGUCAUUUUUGCAAAGGACAACACGCGCCAAAAAAGAGGUCAGUUAUAAGCCCUUAUCACUCCGUGCCAAGAUGAGAAGAGACUCUGCCCAAUUGAUGGAUGCUGUAGGUGAAAAUGUUUAUGUCAAUCACACAGUCCAGUCGCAUCUGCAAGAAAAUCAACUAGACAAACGACCCGUGAAAAGGAAACCGCUUGAAAAUGUCACAAAUAAUUUGAAUUCCAAAAGAUGUAAAAAAUCUACCAUAACCACCACCACCACUACUACUACAGAUGAAGAUCUAUCUAUAUUCGAUUUUGAUUCAGGUACAAAACCAAAAAGAAAAUCUAAAAAAAAAAUAAAACCAUGA